AUGGAUUCCAGGCAGGCGGCGGUGCUGCUGGUGGUGCUGCUGCUACUAACAGGCUGGGGCCACGCUGAAGGACCAGGGGGCCAGGGUGGAGAUCAGAUCUUCCUGGAGGAAGACGCCGGACCCCGCACACCACAGGAUGCCCAGGCUCCUGCGUCACUCUUCCUCUCCCUGCUCCAGGCCAUGCAGAGACCCAGCCGGGGCCCAGCCUUCCCAUUUCAGCCCCAAAGGUUUGGCAGAAAUGCCCAGGGCUCCAGGAGCAACGAACGGCUGAGUAUCCAAGCUGGGGAGGGGCUGAGCUCCCCGUUCUGGAGUCUGGCUGCCCCUCAGCGCUUUGGGAAGAAGUGA